CCAGGAGCGAGGCGAGAGGAUGAUGCGGGGUGGGCUACUGGCACGUGAGAGCCAGUGGCACCGAGAGGGCGCCCCGGCGGCGAGGAAGGAGGCGCGCGUGGGAGGACCAGGCUAACUCCGUCACGGACGCUACCAACUCGCGUUCGGAGGAGGGGGGGCGCGUGUCAUCACUACCUUGCGCUCCCGGGAGAAGCUACCACUCACCUGGAGGGGGCGGCGGAGCGGAGGGCGGGGCCUACUACCUAGGGGAGAGGGGGCGUGGACACGCUGAGGCUAUACUACCAAGCCCCGGGCUUGACCUUAGUGGAAAGCCGAGACUGUGCGUCCAGGUUGCUGGACUACACCCGGGGCACGGUCAGAGGUCUUUAGGGGAGGGCGGCGGUCUGAGAGUCCUGGGUGCCGACCUGUUGGGACCCAAAUUCCUUGUGGGAACGAUGAUAAGGAGCAGGUUUACAGAUCAUAAGUGCAAAAGCGGGCGAGAAGGGAAACCCAAGCGGGACACGGACUUUUGGGGGGAGGUCAAAGGGCACGAAGUUGUGCCUGCAGCUGUUACCAUAGUAACCGAGGACCGGAUGUGGCGAUCUUACGGUGCGACAGUCCUCAGGCCCUCUGGCCCGAGAGCCUGUUGACUCUGUGACACACUCUGACGAGCUGGUUGUGGUGUUUUCCAGCGAGGGAAGAAGAGAGUAAUUUUUUCAAAGCAUUUAUAGAAACGCAGCAAAGGGAAGGUGUGAGGUUGCCGCCAUGCCUGGCAGAGACGGAGGGAGGCAGUUUGCUCCGGAAUGCGGCCGCCGCAGAUGUUCUCCGCAACCUUCCGGAAGUGGAAUGGCGGGAGCCUCAGCAUUGCUGCCCACCGACCCCCCGGAAGCGGAAACAGAAUCCCCGCGUGCCCCUUCCUCACUACCCUCCAAAUCCCGCUGCAGCCAUUGCCGCAGACACGAUGCCGAAACGAAAGAAGCAGAAUCAGCACCAGCCACCGACACAGCAGCAGCCCCCACUGCCCGAGCGGGAAGAGACUGGAGAUGAGGAGGAUGGGAGUCCCAUCGCUCUUCACAGAGGUCCUCCAGGAUCAAGGGGACCACUGAUUCCACCACUGCUGAGUCUCCCACCUCCUCCUUGGGGUAGAGGCCCAAUUCGGAGAGGGCUUGGCCCCAGGUCUAGCCCAUAUGGUCGUGGUUGGUGGGGAGUCAAUGCAGAACCUCCUUUUCCGGGGCCAGGCCAUGGGGGUCCCACCAGGGGAAGCUUUCACAAAGAACAGAGAAACCCUCAAAGGCUCAAAAGCUGGUCUCUUAUCAAGAAUACCUGCCCGCCCAAGGAUGACCCCCAGGUUAUGGAAGACAAAUCCGACCGCCCUGUCUGCCGACAUUUUGCCAAAAAGGGCCACUGUCGAUAUGAGGACCUCUGUGCCUUCUACCACCCAGGCGUCAAUGGACCUCCUCUGUGAGACUGUGCCUUCCCAUCCAGGCUGGAAGGAGCUCUCUGUGACCUAGCGGCCAUUUAUUUCUCUGUAGCCCUAUGAUGGCUACUGUGAGGCUCUUCUAACACCCUCAGUCAGUGACACACCCACCCCAUCCACCACCUCCCCCGUGUGGGGUCCAGAGUUGUGUUGCAUCACUGGUGCGUGGCAUACGCGCUUUCUUCUGAUCCAGCCUGUAGAGACUCGCCUUCGGGACCCAUCUUUGCUUCCUUUCAGUUGCCUCCUGGAUCUUCUUUCCCGUCAUCAAAUGACUGCUGAACAGGAAACCUCUUUGGUGCUGUUUCUUGUGCAUCUGUCCACCUGUUCCCCAGUAUUGCCCUCAAUUCCUGAGAGCCCUGGAGCGGUUUCCUACCAUUCCCUUCUUUUAGCUGCUUGCUUUAAGUCCUUUUUAUGUGACAUUCCCUACCCCCAAUGUUGUCAGCUGCUUGUGAAACUCAGCCAGGUUGUCUAACCUGGGGUCAAGUUUGGGUGACUGGUGCAGAGUUACUUCCUAAAAGGCCACUCUCCCUGCCUUUGGAUUUCAUAGUUUCUCUGUCAGUAGCAUGAUCCCCACCGCUAUGGUCUAUGAUCACCGUGCUUUGUGAAACUGUGCAUCCCCUUGUAGCCUUUCUCAGUGUCCGUGGCAUUUUUGUGACUUCCCAGCACUAGAAUAAGUUUUCCUGCCAAAAUGAGUGAGGCGCUUGGUGCCCUCUGGACUUUCCCACUUCCCAACAUGGGAGAAUUGUGAACUUUCCAUCAGACUGCCUCCCUGGCCCUCCCCAUUCUUCUCCUGUUGGUUAUUCUGAGUCUGACACAGACCCAUGACAUGUCUUAUAAAGCCUCCAAUGGCUUUAUCCUACCUAGAUCCCUUCCAGCCCAUUUUAAUUAGACUAUGUCAUUGUGAGGCCACCAGUCCAUUCAUUUGAAUUCUGUGAAUCUCCACCUUGCCUAUCUUUGGGUAGAACCUGGACAGUACUGUUGCCCUCUUCCAAUCCUCUUCCCCUACAUCCCUGGCACUGGUUGUUUUCUGUGAAAACAGCAGUGAACAGGUUCAGUUCUGAACUGGCCCUGAGGAAAUGGGUCAGGAGUUGUAUUGGCAAGAGGGAAGGGUGAGAGCUGUUGGAGAACUGAGAAUGAGGUUUUGUUUUUUUUUUUCUUUUUAACUUUUUUUAUAUUAGUAAUAAAUGCAGUGGAAACCAGCAUUUUAUUUAA